UGUGUGUGUGAGUAGAAUUACACAGAGGAAACUGUUAAGUUUUAUUAACAUGUAAAUAAAGUAAAGAAAAUUAUUGCAAAUCAUUAUAAAGGAAUAAGUACUUACAAUUUAAUAAUUAAAUCAUUAUGUAAUAAUGGGUCCACCGAAACGUUUCAAAAAAGAUGAUAGAGGUAAAUGGAAGAAGCGUAAAGAAGAUCCAGAAGAAUUCAAUGAUGAUGAUUCUUUAGAUGAUAAUGAAGCUGAAGGCAUACCUGAUGCAGCAAAAAAUGAUGUUGAAAAGCAAGAUGAAUCGGCAUUAGAAGAUGAGUUUGGUGCAAAAGAUUAUCGUUCACAGAUGAUUCUAAAGCCUGAUUGUGCUUCUAGACCACUUUGGGUGGCUCCAAAUGGGCAUAUAUUUUUAGAAUCUUUUUCACCUGUGUACAAACAUGCUCAUGAUUUCUUAAUUGCCAUCUCAGAACCUGUAUGUCGUCCAGAACAUAUUCAUGAGUACAAAUUGACUGCUUAUUCUUUGUAUGCUGCUGUUAGCGUUGGCCUUCAAACACAUGAUAUUAUAGAAUAUUUAAAAAGACUUAGUAAAACUAGCAUUCCUGAUGGAAUUAUAGAGUUUAUAAAAUUGUGUACAUUGUCUUAUGGCAAAGUGAAGUUAGUAUUAAAACACAAUAAGUAUUUUGUUGAAUCACCAUAUCCAGAGGUAUUGCAAAGACUACUGAAGGAUCCAGUAAUUCAAGAGUGUAGGUUAAAAAAAAGUAUAGAAGAUGAGAAAGAAGAAGUUAUUACGAAUGUUCAAAAUAAAAUAAAAGCUCCACAGUUUGGAGUAAAAACAAUGACCAAUGUUUCAACUGUAACUACUAAAGUACCAGAAACAACCAAUGAUCAAGUUUUAGCAGAAACAGCCACUAUUCCUGAAGAUAUAACUACUUUUUAUGAUAAAAUGGAUAAAGAGGAUGAAGAUGAGGAAGAAGAACAGGAACUAAAAACAGUUAGCUUUGAAGUGAACCAGGAAAAAAUUGAAGUUAUACAAAAAAGAUGCAUAGAACUAGAGUACCCUUUAUUAGCAGAGUAUGAUUUCAGAAACGACUCCGUAAAUCCAGACAUAAACAUUGAUUUGAAACCAUCGGCUGUGUUGAGACCGUACCAAGAGAAGAGUUUAAGAAAAAUGUUCGGAAACGGACGUGCCAGGUCAGGCGUCAUAGUUUUGCCCUGUGGUGCUGGUAAAAGUUUAGUGGGCGUGACAGCUUGCUGUACAGUUCGGAAACGUGCAUUGGUGUUAUGUAAUUCUGGAGUGUCGGUAGAACAAUGGAAACAGCAGUUUAAGAUGUGGUCAACGGCGGAUGAUUCGAUGAUCUGUCGAUUCACAAGUGAAGCUAAGGAUAAACCUAUGGGCUGUGGAAUUUUAAUCACGACAUAUUCUAUGAUUACACAUACGCAAAAACGUUCAUGGGAAGCUGAACAGACAAUGCGAUGGCUUCAAGAACAAGAAUGGGGAAUAAUGGUUUUGGACGAGGUGCACACGAUACCUGCAAAAAUGUUUAGAAGAGUCUUAACCAUCGUUCAGUCCCAUUGUAAAUUGGGUUUGACCGCAACAUUACUUCGAGAGGACGACAAAAUUGCAGAUCUCAAUUUCCUGAUUGGACCUAAACUUUAUGAAGCUAACUGGUUGGAAUUACAGAAAAGGGGCUUCAUCGCGAGAGUACAAUGUGCCGAAGUUUGGUGUCCUAUGACACCAGAAUUUUACAGAGAAUAUCUUGGCUGUAAAAUGAGUAAAAAGUUGCUGCUUUAUGUGAUGAAUCCUAACAAAUUUCGUUGCUGUCAAUAUUUGAUACGAUAUCACGAACGACGUGGUGAUAAAACCAUUGUUUUCUCCGAUAACGUUUUUGCUUUGAAACAUUAUGCCAUUAAAAUGAACAAGCCGUACAUUUAUGGUCCUACUAGUCAAAGUGAACGAAUACAAAUCUUACAAAAUUUUAAAUUCAACACUAAAGUGAACACAAUAUUUGUGAGUAAAGUGGCGGAUACUUCUUUCGAUUUACCGGAAGCUAAUGUUCUUAUUCAAAUAUCUUCUCAUGGUGGUUCACGUCGUCAAGAGGCACAACGUUUAGGUCGAAUUUUGAGAGCAAAGAAAGGUGCCAUCGCAGAGGAGUACAAUGCAUUUUUCUAUACAUUAGUGUCACAGGACACAAUGGAAAUGAAUUAUUCGAGGAAGCGGCAGCGUUUUCUUGUGAAUCAAGGAUAUGCUUAUAAAGUAAUUACUAAACUUGCAGGAAUGGAUGAAGAGCCAGAUUUGAUGUAUACAUCUCGGGAAGAACAGUGUCACUUAUUACAACAAGUUCUUUCUGCAAGUGACAUGGAUGCAGAUGAAGAGAGAAUACCUGGAGAGGGGCCAAGACCUAUUAUACGCAAAGCCGGAAAUAUGACGUCAAUGUCUGGCGCUGACGAUGCAGUUUAUUACGAAUAUAGAAAAGCGCCCAGUUCAUCGACAGCAAACAAGCAUCCAUUAUUUAAGAAGUUUAGGGCGUAA